AUUCUGUAUCUAUUCAGGAAAAUGGUCAAGAAGUCUCUUGUUGCUGGUCUGGUGGUCUUGCUUGUGGCUGCAGUGGCGUUUUUUCUGGGUGUGUAUUUGGGAAUCGGAAAUAAGAGACUCACUGUAUACUCAGACCACUUCUACUCAAAAGCAGCCGUGGCAGCAGAUGCCGGGAAGUGCUCUGAGGUUGGAAGGGACAUCUUGAAGCGCAAUGGUUCAGCAGUUGAUGCUUCCAUUGCUGCUCUGUUGUGUGUUGGGCUGUUCAACGCACACAGCAUGGGCAUUGGAGGAGGGCUGUACUUCACCAUAUACAAUGCGUCAACAGGAAAGGUUGAGACAAUUGAUGCCAGAGAAACAGCUCCAAUGAAUGCUUCAGAGGAUAUGUUUGGCAAUAACACCCAGCUGUCACGGAAAGGAGGGUUGUCCAUUGCCAUACCAGGAGAAAUCCGCGGUUACGAGAUGGCGCACAAAAGACAUGGGAGACUGCCAUGGAGGGAACUGUUUGAGCCCAGUAUAGAAUUGGCACGCAAUGGUUUUCCAAUUGGCAGGGCCUUGGCCAACGCCAUUUCAAAAAACAAGGAUUCAAUUCUGAGUGACGUUACACUGUGUGAAGUGUUUUGUGACUCAGACAAAAACCUCCUGAAGGAAAAUGAUAUCAUUAGAUUUUCAAAACUUGCUGACACCUAUGAGAAGAUAGCGGAAGAAGGGCCUGAUGUUUUUUACAAUGGAUCUAUGGCCCAGAAUAUAGUGGAAGAUAUCCAGGCUGCAGGAGGGAUUAUAACACUUGAGGACCUAAUGGAAUAUAAGCCAGUGUUGAAUGAGACCCCGCUGAAGUUAAAUGUGGGAGAGUACACCGUUAAUGUUCCUGAUGCUCCAUCCAGUGGACCUGUACUUGCUCUGAUUCUCAACAUAGUGGAUGGUUUCAACUUCUCAGACAGCAGUGUGUCCACAGCAGAGAAGAGGACUUUGACGUAUCAUCGCAUUGUAGAGGCAUUUCGUUUUGCUUAUGCCAAGAGGAGUAAACUGGGAGACCCACGUUACCUCAACAUCACUGACCUCAUCCACAACAUGACCUCAGACUACUUUGCAGACAACAUUAGGAGUAAAAUCACAGAUGACACUACUCACCCAGACAGCUACUAUGAUCCUGAGUACUCUGUCCCCGAUGACCACGGCACGGCUCACCUGUCAGUCAUCGCAGAGGAUGGGAGCGCGGUGGCAGCCACCAGCACCAUCAACCUUUAUUUUGGCUCAAAGGUGAUGUCACGCUCAACUGGCAUUAUUUUUAAUGAUGAGAUGGAUGAUUUCAGCUCUCCUUACAUUACUGAUGGCUUUGGGGUUCCCCCUUCACCCAACAACUUCAUUCAGCCAGGUAAAAGACCACUUUCAUCGAUGAGCCCCACGAUAAUAUUUGACAAACACCACAGAGUCAAAAUGGUGGUUGGGGCUUCAGGGGGGACGAAAAUCACCACUGCAACUGCUCUGGUAAUCCUGAACUCACUGUUCUUUAACUAUGAUUUGAAGAAAGCAGUUACAGAGCCUAGAGUCCACAACCAGCUCAACCCCAACAUGACAGUUGUGGAACAGGACUUUGAGCAGAGCGUUCUUGAUGGCCUGGCUCAGAAGAAUCAUGUAACAGAGCUGCAGAGGACGCCAGGAGCAAUUGUCCAGGCCAUUGUGCGACAAGGAGACAAACUCUGUGCCGAAUCUGACCCCAGGAAAGGCGGCUAUCCUGCGGGAUAUUGAACAACACUCCCUCUCUCCCUUCUCAAUUUUUGUGGGCCUUCAGUCAUUGGUGACUCAAUCAAGAACCAGGAAAAAUGAAUAUACGCAUUGUAAAACAAUGUACGUCUCAGUACAAGCCCGUCAACAUGGACCCCAAUGCACAAGGUUGCACAAAGACUCCCUGCUUUUAUUAACAUUUCUUUUUUUCUUUUUGAAGGGAAAAUAUUUUAUUUGUAUCAACAGUGACUAACUUUCAUAUUGAACGGUCUAUAAUAUUUCCAAGCUUAUUUAUUCCUUUUGUGUGUAGAGAAAGAGGAUUGAUUACAAGUAUGUGGGGGUCCUUUGGUACCUGAUUCCACUGUAUGGGUUCUUUGUUGUGUAAUGGAGUUCUUUGGGUUAAUGGACAUGUUAAGAGCGAUUCAAAAUGAGCAAUACAAAAAGUGCCUGUGAAAGUGACAAAGUCAGGGAAAGAAGUAUAAAAUUAAUCAUAUAUCUCUUUAAGCCUCUGGUUUUUUUUUAUGGUAGACGCACUGUAAUAAUAAAACACUGUUAAAAUGUGUGGAAACUCUAUUAUAUUACCAUCUAUAAACUGAAUGUUUCACUUAAAGCUGCAACCAGCAUAUACAUGUUUAAAUAGUGAACUGGAAUGAAUAUAUUCUUAUGGUAAAAUCGUGGAAGAAUGGCAUGUACAGCUUUAGAUUACCUCACUGGACACGUUCGCCUCUGUAGGCUAUACAGCCAACCUCUCAUGAGAUGACUUGCAUAAUGUGAAAUGCUGAAUUGUUAUUGUUAUGAGUAAAUGACUUGUGUAUGUGAAAAAGGCAGAAAAACAUGUUCACUUCAGGUCUAUUAUCUAAUGUUACUCUCAUUUUAUGUUUAAAUUACACUUAAAGUAAUAGUUCACUCAAAAUUUAAUUUGCUGAUAAUUUCCAGACCGUCAUUCCAUCCAAGAUGUGGAUCAGUUUGUUUGUUUAUCAGACCAGAUUUGAAGAAAUGUAGCAUUACAUCACUUGCUCACCAGUAGAUCCUCUGCAGUGAAUGGGUGCAGUCAGAAUGAGAGUCCAAACAGCUGAUAAAAACAAUGAAUAAAGUGAAGUGAAAAGCUGUGUUUGUAAGGGACAAAUCCAUUCCAUCAAGGUGUUUUAAAUUUAAACCGUUGCUACUGUCCAUAACCCAAAAUAACUCUUUCUUCAGUAAAAAAAACUCCAUCCUCUGUUGUCCUCUCACUUUAAAAUCCAUAUUUGUUUAUAACUGUUUUGGACUGUUUUCUCUUUGUUCAUAUUUCUGCCCUGAAUCAGAUGAGAACUUUUUCACUGGAGAAAACAAUAUUAUGUAGAGGAGAUUGUAUUUUAGUCAGAAACAAUGACUUUUUUAUCAGCUGUAUGGACUCUCAUUCUGACUGCACCCAUUCACUGUGGAUCCAGAGAAGAAAGUGAUGUAAUGCUAAAUUUCUCCAAAUCUGUUCCAAUGAAGAUCCAAAUGCAACUACAUUUUGGAUGGUCUGAUUUUUAACUAAUUUUCAUUUUUGGUGAACUGUUCCCUUAUCACCAGACUGUUUGUCUCCAAAUCAAAUAACUGCAAUAUCAUGCUGUAUAAUGUACAGAUCACAUUUAAGCUAUAUCAUGAAGCUAGAGAUGUUAAUGUUUAUCAUGAAGUGACACUGUGGUGUUAAUGUAUAAUGCAUUCAGAGAAAUACAUGUGUGUAUAUAUUUUUUAAACAUCCACUGUUCUGUGGCUGUUGUUAUGCUGUUAAUUAAACUGUUU